UUCAACCAACCCACAGUGUGUAGCUGGAACACAGACAGCAAUAUGAUUGUGGGAUACAGUCUUCACUGUACAGUCCCUCGAAACGGCUCUCCGUACGCGUAACAAUAUUCUGGAUGCAUGCGACGUUGAUCUUCUUAUGUGGUUUUUCGGUCAUGUAUUUUUUUUGUAGUGUGGAAUACAUUAUGUGCACAUCGAGAAUAUUUUAAUCUCUUCCGUAUUUCUGUCUGUCUGGAUUUGGGAGUCUACAGAUAACUAGCCACUUUUUGAUCAAGGCUUCGAAUAUUUCCUUUUGAUAGCAUAAUUGGGGAAACAUUUUGAUAUUCUUACGUGGAUAUACUUGGACUUUUUCACGGUUUCAGUCAAGUUGGGUGAAGGGACCGUUUUUCAACCCAGGCACAUCGCUCCCAUUGCAGUGUUUCGUUCUGCACGGUUCGAUAGUAUCCUAUAAACUUGACCAGAGCAUUUUCUCAGAAAUACACUUUUCGUCUGAUCUGAUGUAUUGCGCGGCGCAGUGCAUGUUGAUAAGUACGAUGUAUUAUUCUUAAAAACUAGGAUUGUGGAGGUCAUUAUCAGUGCCAAUCAUAAUGGCAAACGACGACAACCGCUGUAUAGUGGAAAAGUACAUUUGUCACAAACUCUUGAAAAGGGGAUAUGCGUGGGAUUUCGAGAAUGCCGAGGAAGAUGCUGAUAAUAAUGGGUCGAUGAUUUCUCCUCCGCCUGGUUUGGCACGUCGGUGCCACGGGGCCAAUAACGCCAGACCGGGCAGCGUCCCCCAUCUUUCCAAACGGCUCUCCCAAACGGACCCGCAUGCAGCUAUUCACAGAGUUUUGCGUGAGGCCGGGGACGAACUCGAACGACUGUACCAGCCCGACUUUGCGGAGAUGUCACACCAAUUGUAUCUCACGUCUUCUAUGGCAGAAAUGAGAUUCAGAGAGGUGAUAGACGAGCUGUUCAGGGACGGGGUUAACUGGGGACGAAUUGUCGCCUUCUUCGAGUUCGGUGGCACAAUAUGUGUGGAAUGCGUGCACAAGGAAAUGACGUCGCAGGUUGACCACAUCGCCGGGUGGAUGACGGAGUAUCUAAAUGGACCGCUGCACAACUGGAUUCAAGAGAACGGGGGAUGGGAGGCCUUUGUUGAGCUCUAUGACAGACAGAGGGACUCCGUGUUCGAUUCAUGGCCGUCCAUCAAGACUGUCUUUGGCCUGGCUGCACUGGGGGCCGCAAGCCUUACCAUCGGAGCUUACCUUACACAGAAGUGAAGGAGUCCCCCCCCUCUCUUUCUUUUUGUCCUCCCUCCCUCCUGCUCUCACUCCUUUCUCUUUUCAAAGGCCCUCUCCAAGAUCCCCAACCUGCCUGUCUUCAAAGCUUCUCUCCCCGUUCUCUGAAAAAACUCCCUAUUCCUCACCCCUCACUUAAAAAAACAGACACAAAUCAAACAACAGCAGGAAACGGAGUCACUGGCCACACAGAAGAAAAUAUGUCAUGAAAGUUGUGCCAUUUAACUGUAAUCACAAAAAGUUUGGCUUGAAAAGAGACGAGAGGAAGGGAGGGUUGGUGUCGUUUUUGUUCUGCCUGCUUGAGUACUAGUUGUAGCAUGAAACCUUUGUGUGCUCGUGUAGACUUGUGUAGCAUGUGUCGGUGAAGCAAAAGAAAGCAUAGACACCCUUAGAAGAAGGGUUCCAAAAUGGUUCCUCGGCUGUCCCCAUAGGAGAACCCUUUUUGGUUUCAGGUAGAACUGUUUGGUGUUCCAUGUAGAACCCCCAGAGGAAAGGAUUCUACAUGGAACCCAAAAGGGUUCUACCUGGAACCAAAAAUGUUUUUUCAAAAGGUUCCGCUAUAGGGACUCCCUUCAAAGGACUUCCUCCACACAACAGCUGCUCUGAAUGUAUAAUGGAAGGAGCUCGCUACUAACCAGCACGGUGUGUCUGUCCACCCACCGCUUCUAUACUGCAAUAUACCAGGAUACCAGGAGCAUCACUGAACUCUGAACACAGAACAGUUAGUUACACACACCAGCUCUGACAACACGUCUUCUAGGCGCCACAGACACAACUUGCUCUGCCUCUCUUAGAGAGAUCUGUUGGACAAUGCAGUAGAGUCACUUUUUUUGCAUUUGACCCAUAUGAAAUGUAAUAAGAGAAAGAUCGAGGGAGGUAUUAAAGAGAAAGAUAGAGGGAGGUAUUGAAGAGAGAAUAGAGGGAGGCAUUGAAGAGAGAAUAGAGGGAGGCAUUGAAGAGAGAAUAGAGGGAGGCAUUGAAGAGAGAAUAGAGGGAGGUAUUAACGAGAGAAUAGAGGGAGGUAUUGAAGAGAGAAUAGAGGGAGGCAUUGAAGAGAGAAUAGAGGGAGGCAUUGAAGAGAGGAUAGAGGGAGGUAUUGAAGAGAGAAUAGAGGGAGGUAUUGAAGAGAGGAUAGAGGGAGGUAUUGAAGAGAGAAUAGAGGGAGGUAUUGAAGAGAGGAUAGAGGGAGGUAUUGAAGAGAGAAUAGAGGGAGGUAUUGAAGAGAGGAUAGAGGGAGGUAUUGAAGAGAGAAUAGAGGGAGGUAUUGAAGAGAGGAUAGAGGGAGGUAUUGAAGAGAGGAUACAGGGAGGUAUUGAAAAGAGGAGAGAGGGAGGUAUUGAAGGUGUGAACAGCAGGUUGGUUAGAGCUUUUGGCAGCCCAAACCGCUGUUUGAUCAGAUGUUUCUGACAGAAAGUGAGAAAUAUUAUUCCACCUCGCUGGAUUUCUGGCUUAGUCGAGAUCAGAGGGGGAUCGAGGGAUAGAGGUAGAUACAGAGAAAGAGAAUGUGUGAGAGACAAAAAGAGGGAGAGAAAGUCAUAGAAUGAGCAGAAAUGUGGAUACAGACAAAAAGAGAUAAAGGUGUUGGGGUCAAACAUAAGAUGUGGAUUCAUUCCAAAGGUUCAGUGACAGUGAGCCUCCCUCUCCAGUUGCUAGAGGCGCCUCUAUAGCUUGUUCUAAGAUGUCUCACUUGGAGGAAGAACUGUGUCCCUGAAUGGCCUGGCGUGGUUCUGUUUGGCCUCACGUCACUCCCUCCCCGUCAGAUGUCUCUGAAAUGCAUUUCUUGUACUCUCACUGCCUCUUGUUAUUACUCUCUCUCUCGCUCUCUCUCUCUCUUUCUCCCACUCCCUCUCCCUCUCUCUCUCUCCUCCCCCCCUCCCCUCUGCCCAUAUGUAUGACCAGAACUCAAGGUCUCACCCACCCAGACCAAGCCACCGCUGAAAGGGGACUGAACCAAACUGCCAAAUCUCCCAGAACAUGUCCUCCAGCUGCCUCUGGGCUCUGAUCUAGUGGACAAAGAGGCCCCACAUACCCCCCAACGGCCUACGCUAAUGGUUGAUUCCACAUCUAGGAGGACCUCCGAAUGUGCACCUCUCUCAGUUUCUCAAACCGUAGCAGACUCCAACAUGGGAUACCCAACAAGAAAAAUCCCUAUUGGACACAAAGACUCUCUAUUGUUUUGAAGUGACAUCCAUUGUAUUCCCAGUAACUGAUAUAUUUGAGCCCCCUUGCUCCGAGUCUGUCGCUGCAAUGGCACAGAUCACAACAUCUCUUUAGAGUAAACAAUCAUUUCCCAGAAUACUUUAGGUGUUUGUCUAGUGUUGGAGAUGACAUAACCUUCCUGGAAAGGCUUACUAUCCAUAAUAUUUACUAUUUUGCUCUCUCUUACACACAAACACACACACACACACACACACACACACACACACACACACACACACACACACACACACACACACACACACACACACACACACACACACGUUUAUAUGAUGAUUUCUCUCACCAAAAAUCUCUCUCUUUGUUUCGGUCUUCUUUUAUCAACGCAAAACACAUGUCGUCUGAAGUUUUCAUAGAAUGAGUAUUCACUAUGUAUACCCAUAUUUAUGUUCGAUGUUACACAAUACCAACUUAUGUUUUUUAUUUAUUGAGAGGUACCCGAACACAGAUAUUUAAAUCAUAGACGAGAUGAAAAGUUAAGAUCACGGAGACACUCAAAUGUCUUGAGAAAUCGUAUCUUUCGUUUUAUUCAAGGAACCACAUUGUAACAAUACACUAUUUGCUAUUGUAUCAACAGUAGAGUAACAUUUCUGUGUAAGACAUGUUAAUGUGUUAAUAUUGGUUUAACACUGCUGUACUGUAUUAGUCCUGAUUUAACUUAACUCAUAGCUUCAAACUGCCACACAGAUACAGUAUUGUUAUAGAAAGCUGUAAACCAAAGUCAACCUGUAAGUAACAUUGCGUAGCAUGAAGAGAUAAACACAUGCCAAUUCACUUUCACUUCUUUUAAAUAUUGUCGGAUUGAGAUUUUGCAGGAAAGGUUGUUGUAAAGACAAUGUCUGGCAACCUAUUCCCUUUAUAGUGCACUACUUUUGACCCGGGACCAAAGGAUUCCAUAGUAAAGUAGUGCACUAUGUCAGGAAUAGGAUGCUAUUUGGGAGACAGUAAAUAUUAGCCUGCUUGGUGUUGUUCAUAACAUUUCAGUAGAUACCGUAGCACCCGAAUGCAUCCAUCUGGACAUGUGUUAACCGGUGCUUGAUUGAUAUACAUGUAUGUGUGGUAAUUGUUAACAUAGUAAUGAAUUCCUUCUCAAGCUUAUGUAGUGACAGAAAAGUCUCCACGUCUUGUGCUUUGACCUGCUAGAUCAUCAUAACCAAGGGCACCAUUCUUUUUCUAUUAUAACAGAGGUCAAUCCCCAGACUCAUGAUAAACCCUCCAGUGAUAUGUUCAUAUGAAAACAGAAAUUAGUAUGACAUUUUUUUCAGGAGUUUAAACACAAGAUAAAAAAAAGUCACUAACUGACUUGUUCAUAAAUACAAUGUGUAAAGGUUUGUAUGUGAGGAGGAGUCAUUUGAAGUAUGAAGUCAUUCUCAUAUUCCCUUCUGUGAUUCUGUUUAAAUGGGUGGAGCCUACAUCACACCAUGGUUAUAGUGUUGUAAAUAUAAUCCUCAACCUGUGGCACUUAAGAGGUCAAAUCAAAUGUGUCGCCAUUGUUUAUGCUAUGUAUGUAUCACAAUAAGCUAGAUGGGAUCGUGCUGUUCCCAAUAAACCACAUCUUUCCUGCA